AUGGAGAGCCCGAACAUCACGCCUUCGAUCCUCAAGUCCCUUGCCAAUCCCCUGUCACACCCCCAGUCCCAGAACCCAUUACUGACCCCGCAAUUUUGCAAUCUCUACAGGUACUGCAGCCGCACCUCCGCCAUCACCUACUCCAACUUCGGCCAAACCGGCAACUUCCAACGCGUGUCCGCCAUGGACGGCUCUACGGGACAAUGUUCGUUCGCGUCCCAAAGCUUUGGCGGCGGCAUGGCGCCCCUCGACGGCGAAGUCAGCUGGCAUUUCCGCGGACCCAUGCGGUUACGGCAGUUUGCGUUUUAUACCGUCGACAGUGAAGGGGGAAAGACCGGGCCGGUGACCACAAAAGAGAAGAAAAGGGCUGAAGAGGGCAUGAAGGUGCAGGCACAGGAGAUGAGGAGACAGAGGCUGCAUCACCGGCAUUGGAUUAUGCAUGAGAAGAUAUCGGAGCGUGCGAGGGAGCUGGCUGCAGAAGGGGAUGCGGAACGUGGUCCCGGUGCACAGCAGGCGGAGAUCGAAGAGAGGGGGGUUGGCGACUGGGUCACGGUCACCAUGGAUGGGAAAGUCGUCAGCUGGCAGAAUCAGUAUGGCGGUGGUGCUGCGUCGCCGGCCACGAAGGCGCCUGCCGUCCACGCGCCAGCAGCGAGUGCUGCGCCUCCCAAAGGAGGGAAUGUGGCGAACAACAAUCGAGUGGGCGGCGGAAACAGCGGCAGUGGUGCUCAAGUCCCCGCGCAGAACAAGCAGCAACCUGCUGCGCGACCGCAAGGCGGCGCUCAAAAUCAAAAUCAAGGCCAGAAUCGCCCCGGCGCCUCCUCCCAACAGCCCUCACCGCAAACACCACCAACAUCGCCCGGAACAAGCGGCAGCACCUGGACCCGCGCCGCCUUCUACAGCGCCGCCUCGGGCACCUCGACGGGCCUCGCCUUCCUCGCCAACAAGGGCGGCGACAGCUGCUCCGGCACCUGGGACGCCAAAUUCGGCAACUCGCUCUCCUACGUCUCCGCCUCCGGCACGAGCUGCUCUCCCCGCUCCGUGCCUCUCGGCGACGUGCUGCUGCCGGACAACACGGAGAUCGCGCUCUUCACGGACCGCGUCUGCCAGGGCGGCGCCUGCGGCGUGACGCGGCCCCGCAGCGUGGCGCACCACGGCUUCGGCGGCGCCAGCAAGCUGUUCCUGCUGGAGUUCAGCAUGCCGCUGUCGGGCAAGAAGGGCGGGAGCGGCGGCGGCGGCGGCAUCAACGAUGACAUGCCCGCCGCAUGGCUGCUGAAUGCGCUGGUGCCGCGGACCGCGCAAUAUGCGGCCUGCAGCUGCUGGAAGAGCGGGUGUGGCGAGUUGGACGUCUUUGAGGUGCUGACGCCGGGGGAGACGAGGAUGAAGAGCACGUGGCAUGGCGUCAAUAGUCAUGGUGCGAGCGAGUGGUUUGAGAGGCCGACGGGGAGGAUGCAGAAGGCGGCGGUGGUGAUGAAUGCGAGGACGGGGAGUGCGAGUAUUGUGCUGUUGGAUGCGAGUGUCGACUUUGGCUCGACGGUCACGGCACAGCAGGUCAGCGCUUGGUUGGGAAAGGGGAAUCCGGUCACGCAGGCGAACUUACCGGCUAUGGGGACGAGGUCGUAG